AUGCUGAGCCCGUUGACUCCCAGCGCACUGCAGGGACAGGGUCUCGGCCACAUCUACAUUCUCCGGUCACAAAUGGACCUGAGUACAGCGUCGGUGUUGAAGAUUGGUUUCUCCAAAUAUCAUCCUGAACACCGUGCGCAUGAGCUCGCGAGCUGCAUUCCGGUAACUGAGGUAGUGGCUCACACCCCGUUGCUUCCUCAUGCGAUGCGUGUCGAGGCCCAGAUCCAUGCCGAACUCGCGGCCAAACGAAAGGUCCUGGCAUGCGGCCAGUGCGGACAGGAUCACAGAGAGUGGUUCGAGAUCUCGCAUGCCGAAUCUCGGGAGGUCGUCAUCAGUUGGAGCAAAUGGGCAUCGACGAGCUGGAAGAAGUCCAACCAGGAGCUAAAGGACCGACCAGUGGAGAGCCACUCAAGGAUCCAACUUCACAACAGAAAGAAUGGCCCAGGAUCGGGCUCAAUUUCUCGAAAGGUCAGGCAAAGCGGUGGCUGGAUUUGUUCUGAUAGAUGGGCGUUCUCUCGACUGAGGUAG